UUAUGCUCCGUCCGCGCGUUUAGUGUUCUUAUCUUAUACUCGCUUAUUGCAGUGAGCGCAGCGACGUGUAAAAUAUAUAUAUAUAGUGAGCAAUGCCGCGCGAAAUAUUAUUCAAGGAGACAUAUGGUGACAGCGAGAGGGAGGUCAUUUUUGUAAAUUCCACAGAUGAUCUAACAGUAACUAGAGUGGAGCCACAUUUGCAAUCAAAAUCAAAAACUUACGGAACAUGGAUAUUGACGUUUUUAAAGGAGGUCUUCUUGCCCGCGGGAUACCCGGAAAGUGUGCAUUCAGAUUACGUUCCGUAUCAAAUAUGGGACACUGUUCAGGCAUUCGCUAGCACUAUAAUGGGAACUCUGACUACUCACUCGAUUAUGCAAGGGGUAGGUGUCGGGAAAUCUUCAGCUAGCGCAUUGGCUGCAGCGAUAACUUGGAUUUUGAAAGACGGCACUGGGAUGAUUGGUCGGAUUGUAUUUGCCUGGUGGAACGGACAUGGGCUCGACGCACAGUGCAAAAAAUGGCGUUUAUGCGCAGACAUUCUCAACGAUUGUGCCAUGGGCAUAGAACUAACUCUUCCUUAUUUUUCAAACUAUUCUUUAAUCAUAUUAUGCAUUUCUACAGCAUUAAAAUCUGUUGUUGGUGUCGCUGGAUCGGCAACUAGAGCCGCACUGACCCAACAUCAGGCAUUACAAAACAAUUUGGCUGAUGUCUCAGCGAAAGAUGGAAGUCAGGAAACAUUUGUUAAUUUAAUCGCGUCAUUUGUGGGGAUUCUGAUAUUAUCUAACAUUGGCGACGGGAGAUAUGUAAUGGAAUUAUUUGUAUUGCUGGCGACAGUGCAUAUGUAUGCCAAUUACCGUGCAGUGAAAGCACUACGUUUGAACUCGCUAAAUGAGGAUCGCCUGGCAUUGAUAUUGAGGAGCUUCCUCACCACUCAAAGUAUACCCAACCCUCUUGAAGUUAAUCGAUCCGAAUCUGUAGUAAUUGGCCGAAACGUGUCAAAAGAUAUGUUUGGCUUUGGGGUCAAAAUGGGUGUCUCGUUAGAAAGUGUUCUUCAAAAUAAUUCAAUCACGCCUGAUGAUGUGCGGCUUCUAUCAAAGCUUUUUCAAAAUCGAAAAUAUCUUAUUGUGAUGGACGUAAAGCGAAAAACCAUAUUCAUAUCUAUUGCAAGAAAUGCAACACCCUCUGACCUGCUGCAAGCUUAUUUUCACGCGUGUCUAUGCAGCCUUGUUACUUGUAUGACCCUUAGAUGGCCGAUUGACAUCUUACUGAGAGGGAGAUCGCAUGCACCCUCUUAUCCUCUGAUGCGGCUGUACAUCCUGAGUAAAAAGUAUCCAUCUCUCAGUAAUAGAGCGCUUUCGAGAAUUCCAGGGGAAAUAAUUUUGGCCACAAACGAUAUUAUCACCAAGGAGUAUCAACUUUUCGAAGAGGCACUAGAACAAAGUGUCUGGAGGACAGAAGUGAAUUUGCUACCUGCUGGACAAUGGCGAGGUAUUUGGAACCACCACGAAGAUAAUGAACCAAAGUCGAAAAACUCCUAACUCGCAGGACUUACAAAUUAUGAAGAAGUACAGACUGCGAAUGAAUAGUUCAAUAAUAAUUCUACUGAACCACAUUAACCCCAACGUACUUCAAUGUUACUGAAAAUGCAUGAUUGUACGUGUACAUGUUAUAUUGUAACAUUAACUGUAUUGUAUUGUACCGACUAAUUAGAAAUUUUCAAUACAA